AUGGACCAGCUUGCUCAAAAGCUGGCAAACCAGAGGCGGCGAGCAUUAGGGACCUGUGCCGUUUUGCUGUGGGGACCGCCGGGCUGUGGUAAAAGCCAGAUUGCACGAGAACAUCUGUGGCGGCACCAAAGCGAGUAUCCGGCCGGCUGCUUCUGGGUCGACUCCAAGACCAAAGAAUCGCGCUCGAAAAGUUUCUGGGAUAUUGCUCAGGCUGUUGCGAUACUUGGCAACGACGAACCCCGAGACCCCGGGUGGGAUGAAUCGUCAAAGUUUGUCGACACGGUGCGGAAAUGGUUCGAAUCUCGAGAAGGCUGGCUACUCGUGUUUGACGGGGUGACGACGGACAAUGACGAGGACAUUGGAGCGUUGGUCCCUUACAUUCCGGACCGCUCGGGGAACAACAUCAUCUACACGUCGGUGGAUCGCACGCUGGCGAAGCGGCAGAGAUUGCUCAACCCUGCCGGCGUCAAAGUGUUCCCAUUGUCACAGCACGACGCGUGUGCUCUUCUCUACAAAAACCUAGGGAUCAGAUCACCGACUGAACUGCAGGCGAAAAAGGCUAUGCAGUUGGUGAAACACUACGAAUGUCUACCACUUGCCAUCCACGCCGCCGCCCACGCAUUAAUUGCCAGAGGCACAUCACUGGAGAAGUUCAGUCCCGGAACUUCAGAUCAUCGACUCGCUGAUCCGUACCUGGACAUUAUCUCAUCGCUAAGAGAGCAUUCGCAUCCUGAGGCCGUCCACCUGGUUACACUACUGAGCUUUUUCGCGCACGUGAUACCAGUGACUCUGAUUCGCUUUGGACAACCUUUGUUGCAGGAAUUUGGAAUUGAAAUUCGCUCUGUUGAACAGAUAGGAAGCAUGAAGAAAGAGUUAGACAACACCAUCGCCGUUCUCAUACGCUACGGAUUGGUCGAACGGACCCUACUUGAAUACUGCAUUACACCAUCAAAAAGCUCUUUCGCGCCAGACGACUCUAGACGGCCACGAGCCAACACUGCCGAUACCUUUGGCGCAGUAGGGACUGCCGGCGAGAUAGAGCGAAUCAAACCAAGACUGCUCAAGGAUGACUCCAGCAGCCUCGAAGGAUUAGUCGCGGCUCAUACAGAGAGCAUGUUGGACGGGUCAUCUUCCCAUUCGAUAACCUACAGCAUCGACAUUCUCCGCAUUCACAGCGUCGUGCAAAAUGUGCUCCGGGACGAGCUGAAGCUUCGAUAUGCAGAUCAACCAGCACAUUACUGGUGGUGGCUCUGCGUCGCCUCGAAAAUGAUCUGUCACUCUUAUAUGGUCGCAGAUGCCAAAAUCAAGAGCACUGAAGGGCGAGGUCUUGUUCGCGACUAUCGGGACUAUGAGACGCAGGCGGCCCGGCUUUGGUCACACUUCCCAAAAUCAUCUGCCGACGCCUCGCCGACGCUGCGCAAAACAAGGCACAACCUUCACGAAACUAUCCGAUUGAUUAAGAAGGAAAUCCAGAGGCAGUCUCCGUCACAAUCCGUUGACAGCCUCAAUCGCCGAGUACAAUUCUCGGUGUUUGAGCGGGCCAGCAGCACCUCUUCAGACAGUCCCGCCACUGAAAGCAGUGCUUUGACCAGGGCAUCCACCUGGACGCCCGAACCUACCGACGAUCAGACUGAAUCGCCAGUCCAGAUGCAUCUUGGGUUGGAUUUGGAUGACGACGGGUCCGAGGGCAGCUGGACAGAGAGAUGGUCGCAAUCUGGAAUGGACAACUCGAAGGUCCUGAUUCCGAGUAUGAACCGAAGCCGACGUCCAAGCGAUUCUCAGAUGGACGUGACGACGCCUACGGAGGCCAGCUUCAAUACUGCCCGUCAAUCCUCGGUUCUCCAAGCGAUCUUCCAAGGGCGACCUCACCCGGCCAAAAAACCGAAGGAUCUUGGAGAGUGGAAGCCUAUACCGAUUCCACCCACUCUCUCCCACGAACAGGCGCAGAUUCGCUCGAGAGCGUCAUCCUUCACCAGUGGCAGCGACGAUCGGACUGCGACAAGGCCUACUUCCACAGGCUCUGACGCAUCGGGUGCUCUCGCGGCCAUCCACCGCGCCAGCCCGCCUCCUGUGAGAGGAGGAAGAAUAAAAUCACCUACGCGUCCACAGUGUAUCAGGCCAACAUUGGACGAAGCACGCCUGCCACUGUCCACUAGAUCUCCCAAUCAGAAAAUGUCACCUUUGGUCACAGAGUUUCUGCCGAGUCAGUCUCUUCCAGCCUACGAUUCAUUCGAUAUCGCUCGAAAGCACAGCAGGCAUCCGCCGUCGUCACCCCGACUGAUACACACCGCAUUGAACAAUCCAGUGGCAACAAAGAUGGUUCCCUCAAUCCCGAUGGACGAGAACCUUUCGCUGUCGCGACAUUCUGAAUUUUCCGAGCUGAAGCCUCGUCUGAGACAAGAGGUUGAAGGUCGCCUCUCUGCGAAGCUGUUUCCUGGUGGCUACAGCUCACAGCCCAUGUCACGCGAUACAUCCAAGGAAUCAAACGCAUCAUAUGCCACGGCACCUCCAGCAGUGCCCGGUUCGGCGUCGCUGGGCACCUCCCCGCAGAUCCGCGAGCCUUAUCUGUACAGCAGACCAGGCCUGGCCUCCAUUGACGUUGCGGCUGCUGCUGCAUGGGAUGACGAGAUUGCUAGUAUUGGCAAUUUGGAUGUGACCUCUCCGUUUCCAUCCAGUGUAUCCUUUGACGGUGCGGACAUUUUCGAGAGGCGCUACGAAAGACUUGAAAGCAGUGUCCAAUUUGGCCAGAUGUCUCCAGUUGAGCUCGAUAGGGCACGAGCGCGUGUCUCAUCGGCUCGUGGCCGGAGCAAAGAUGGACGACUGGCGGACAAAGAUAAACCAGGGAGAUGUCCCAGAAGUGGACAGGACCUCAGUACUUCAAUGCAUAGCGAAGCAUGA